AUGAAAGGCAAGAUCGCCCUGGAAGAGUGCUGGACCAUUCCAGAAUCCUUCCAGAGCUUCAACCCGAGCCAGUUUGCUGGGAAAGGUGUUAUUGGGGAUGAUCUGAAUGCAAAUCUGGGCGAUGUCCAUGGAAAACGUCUUCGGGAGAUGGACGAGAAUGACGUCGAAUUCAUGGUGCUGUCCCUCAAUGCUCCAGGUGUCCAAAAUAUUACCGACCCAGCCGCCGCUGAGAAGUUGGCAGAAGUCGCCAACGACAAGAUUGAAGCCGAAGUUCUGAAGAACCCCAAACGUUUCGCAGCCUUUGCCGCUCUGAGCAUGCAUGAUCCUGCACAAGCCGGACGAGAACUGCGUAGAUGCAUGACAGAGAAGAAGGGCUUCGUGGGUGCGAUGCUCAACGACUACCAGAGUACUGGAGCAGAUGGGAAUACGAUGCUUUUCUACGACGACCCAAUAUAUGACGAGUUCUGGAAGGUCGCGAAUGAACUGAAAGCACCUGUGUAUCUCCACCCCCGAACGUCCAGCCCCCUGAUCAAGGAAAUGAUGUGGAAAGGAAGGCCGUGGCUAGACUUCUCGGCCUUGGGCUACGCAAAUCGACUGAAUAUGCACACUCUCGGCAUCAUCACUGGUGGCGUUCUUGAUCGCUUCCCGGAUCUGAAGAUUAUAAUCGGACACAUGGGUGAACACAUUCCAUACGACCUCUACCGUAUCGACCACAAGCUGGACCGCAGUCGUUUUCCCAAUAUGCCAAUGCGAAAGGACCGGCUUGUACGCGAUUACUUUGGCACACAGGUCUUCAUCACAACCUCCGGCCACUUCAGCACACCUGCGCUGAUCUGCGCCAUGACUGAGAUCGGGGCCCGAAGUAUUUGCUUCUCGAUUGACUACCCUUUCGAGUCCAUCCCGAAUGGAUGCUGCUGGUGGGACGAGCACGUGAGUCCAGUAGUCAACCAACAUGAUUAUGUGGAUAUGGGCAGGAAUAAUGCGCUCAAAAUCUUGCCGAGGUUGACGGAGAGCAUGCAUGGACUGAAGGCGAUGAGCCCAUCAGAGUGUGGAGUGGGCGGACUCAGGGCUUCCGAUGGAGAAGUGACGUUUGGGAUGUACAACAAGGACUACAACAAAAGGGGAAAGAAAGUGUAUUCGUGA